AUGGAUUUCACACGGCGCCGGAUCGCCGACAUCAACUCGUACAUACCUACAUCAGUACUCAAAUCUCGUGCCGAAGCGUCCCACGAAGAUGCCGAAGCCAACUAUCACUCAAAUCUCGACGGUGUCAACCAACCUAUGAACCUGCUAUUUAAGGAUGUGCUAUGGUGGACCCUGGGUAUCAUGGCGCUCAUCGUUCUGUGGAUUAGAAUCGUCGAGAUCCUAUGGGCAAGACUCCGCCAUAUGUCGGCCAUGAAUAUGCCUGGCCACAAGCAACAGUACUGGAAGAUUUCUCAGUGGUCAUGGAUGCCCGGCGUGAAGAAGCACAUCACCUAUGCCCCCUUGUGGAACAAGCGUCACAACCGAGAGUUCAAGCUUUCUUCUGCUAUCAGCAUGGGCACCCUCCCCUCCCGACUUCACCUCACUAUUCUUUUCAUCUAUCUGGGCAGUAACUUUGUCUACAUGUUCUUUCUCAACUGGGCCAAUGAAAACAAGCUUGCCUUUUGUGCAGAGCUACGAGGUCGCUCAGGCACGCUGGCCCUUGUCAGCAUGGUGCCCUUAAUCAUCUUUGCUGGACGCAACAACCCUCUUAUCGGAUGGCUCAAGAUCAGCUUCGACACAUACAACCUCCUCCAUCGCUGGAUGGGCCGCAUCGUGGUUCUCGAGUCUAUCAUCCACACUAUCGCCUGGCUCGUCGUCGCCGUGGACGAUCUAGGCUGGGAUGGUGUUGGUCACCAAAUCUCAUCCAUCCCCUUUUACAGCUCGGGAACUGUUGGUACGGUGGCUAUGAUCUUCCUUGCCCUGCUUUCCCUUUCUCCUGUACGUCAUGCCUUUUACGAAACCUUUCUGAAUGUCCACAUUGUCCUGGCUUUUGUGGCCUUCGUUGCUGUCUGGGUUCACUGCGCCUCGUCUGCACUUCCUGGAGGUCUUCCUCAGCUUUCAUGGAUCAUUGGUAUCAUGGGUCUCUGGUUUUUUGACCGCCUCUCUCGAAUGUUCCGUCUUCUAUCUGUCAACUGGUCGAGCAAGGGCUGGACCGAGGCAGUGUGCGAGGCCAUGCCUGGCAACGUCACUCGAGUUACUCUUCACUUGCCACGAUACAUGGACAUCGAGCCUGGUACCCAUGCAUACCUGCGCAUCUGGGGUGUUUGCGCUUGGGAGAGCCACCCCUUUUCAAUCUGCUGGAUCAACCAUGUUCGCGACAACAGUCUGCCCAUCGCGGAGAAGGAGGGCUCCAACGCAGUCGACAAGUCGGCCAUGACUACAACUGUCUCUUUCUUGAUCGCAGCCCAGACAGGAUUUACCAAGAAGCUCUUCGACCGUGCUUCUCAUUAUCCUGGAGGCCUUCGCGCCAAGGCUGCCAUGGAAGGCCCCUAUGCCGGACACCAUAGCCUCGACUCUUAUGGCCACGCAGUUCUCUUUGCUGGAUCAACUGGAAUUACUCACCAAAUCUCUUACAUCCGUCACCUUCUGGAAGGCAACAACCAGGGCACGACUGCCACUCGGCGGGUAACCCUUGUUUGGAUCAUCCGUGAAUACGAGUCUCUCGAAUGGGUACGACCGUACAUGGAUACGAUCCUCCGCAUUCCCAAUCGAAAAGAUGUCCUUCGCAUCCAGAUCUUCGUCACCCGUCCUCAGAACCCACGCGAUAUUGUCAGUGCUAGCGCCACGGUGCGCAUGUUCCCUGGACGGCCGAACGUUCCCCUAAUCCUGGAAAGAGAGGUUCAAGAGCAGAUGGGUGCCAUGUGUGUCACAGUAUGUGGGCCUGGCGCUCUUGCUGACGACGUUCGUGGUGCUGCCAGAGCGGUGCAGGGUUCGAGCGUGGUUGACUUUGUAGAAGAGAGUUUCACAUGGUAG